AGUAAAGCUGUCUCCAUUUUUUCUGUUAUAGUGAGCUUCGGUGGGAUCAAAAAGAAGAAACACCAGACUCUCAAUGAGUAGUGAUAAUGCUUAAUUAGUUGCAUUUGUAAAAGAGAGAAGGGACAGGGAAGACAAUGGAGAAAGAAGAAAAGGAAAUAUGGUUUGGGCAAUUAGAGACCAAAUCAGUGAGAGAGGUCCUACAUAAUUAAACUGGAGAAAUGUGAAUGUUUAGUGGGUGUGGGUGUGGGCUUCAUCAUUCCUCAGCGUGCCAUUUAAGCACUUGCACUUACCAUGCCCUAAUCCACGCGUGAAUUCUUGCUUUUGAAUUUCAAAACCCAAGACUGCAGCCUUAAUGCCUAACACUUUCUCCUACGUAUAUAUAUAUAUUCCUCUUCCUCUUCGCUGUCGUCUCCGCUCCACUACCUCUGCGCAUGCUUUCUCUCAGAAACCAGCUAUGUCUAUGGUAGAAGUGAGAGUUCCGAACCUUGACUGUGAGGGUUGUGCUUCGAAGUUGAAGAGAGCUCUCCUCAAGCUUAAAGGAGCAGAAGUAGUGGAAAUAGAAAUGGAAAUACAAAAAAUAACGGUGAGAGGGUAUGGAUUAGAGGAGAAGAAGGUACUGAGAGCUAUAAAGCGAGCAGGAAAAGCAGCAGAGCCAUGGCCAUUUCCAGGAUACUCUCAUUUUGCGUCUUUCUAUAAAUAUCCAAAUCAUGUUGUCAACCAUUACUACGAUAGUUACAAGAAUGUGGCUUCCAAUGGUGUUCACACUUUCUUUCAUACGCCUGCCGUCUACUCUGUUGCUGUGGCUUCCGAUGAGGCGAUUGCUUCCCUUUUCAGCGAUGACAAUCCCCAUGCUUGCUCUGUUAUGUGAUUUUUUUUUCCCCUUGAAAUUUAGCUUUGAGGAUCAGAGAAAUUUGUAUUUGUAUUGAAUUGUUUUUGGUCAUGAGGGUACUUUACUUGCUCCCGACUUUACGGUAUUUAAUCAUGGAACAUAUUAUCUA